AUGCUCGUCGCGUCGAGUCAUUCUGAACAGCGCGACGACGGAGUUACGGCUUUGAUGUCGUUUUUACUCCGCGCGGGUCAGGUUCUCAAGGGCCAAAUAGGCAGCUACACGAUCACCAAGCAAGUCCAAUCGACACUUUGGUUUGCGAAGGAUCAAGGACAAAGAAGAGUUGUGAUCAAAGGCGGACAUCAAACGGUGCAAGUAGAACGUGACGCGCUCAAAAUGUUCCAGCAUUGUCCCCAUAUUAGACCAUUGGUCGACGACAUAGAUGGGCCACCUACCAUGCCUCCGCUUAUUGCCUUGCGGCAUCUCGAUAGUGAUGUCCUAGCAGCAUCGAUUGAAAGAAAGUUAAGCCGAGAGGAGCUGAAAUAUGUCACUCGGAGAUUGUUGCUCGGUCUGAAUAAUUUGCACGAGAAAGGUUACGUGCACUCAGAGAUAUGGUCGUCUGGUACCGUGGAAUUUGUUCUAGCCGCAAGGUAUAAAGCGCGGCGAACAAGGGUACUCGAGCAGCAAUUUCGCGACAACUACAUAUUGGAGCUGAUCAUAUUCGAAGAUCUCAAACCGGACAACGUCUACGUCAACAUGCAGGAAGGCGACAAUCGGUUCAACGAAGUCAAACUGGAUAUCUGGGCGUUUGGACUACUGGCUGACGAUCUCUAUGCAAAGUUUGCGCAUAUGAUCUAUGGCUCUUACAUCAACCCAUGCAUACCCGAGGGCCCAAGGAUUGAGGACGACAGACCAAACCUCCCCUUAGAUGUUAUGCUACGACAGUUGCACUGGUUCGGGCCGUUUCCAGAAAAGAUUGUUGAGGUUGCUGAUGCAGAGUCUGCUGAUAUCAUACCGGCUUUCAAGGAAUACAACAUGCCAGCGCAGCAAGGAAUAUUUGAAACCAUCCCGGAGACGACAUCAUCAAAAAAGGACAACAAAUUUAUCCGCAAGAUGAUGAAGCUGGACUGGAGGGACAGACCAAGUGCGAGAGACUUGUUGGAAGACGAAUGGUGGAUAGACGAAUGA